UGUGAGAGAAGGACUUUGGGAAAGAAAGAGUGGUCGCAGUAGAGUUAGACUUGCCUGGGAAUCUCGAAGGAAUCAGCCAUGCUCUCCUACACCGGCUGGAAACUGUGAGAGAUGUUUAGCAUCUGAAUUAUUUAAUGUUGCCUGAUGAUUCAGCUUUGUUUUACAGGUACUCCACUCUCUGGAGAAGUAAUUUAUUUCUUUAGGACACUCACACUGCUGCAGCCUAUGAAGAGUGUCUUCUGUUUGACAGCCUCAGAAGGCAGACUCAAGGAAUCCUGGGCAAGACAGAGUAGCCUUUGCAUCUCCUGGAAUACUUGGAUCAACUCUGUGCACUGACAGACCUUUUUAUUGUAUGAAUCAACAUGGAAAGGAAUCUUAAGAAUGUUUUGGUCAUCUCUUUUGGAUUUUUACUUCUCUUUACUGCUUACGGAGGGCUGCAGAGUUUACAGAGCAGUCUCCACUCAGAAGAAGGAAUGGGUGUUGCUUCCCUAAGUGUUAUCUAUGCUGCUCUUAUCUUCUCAUCCAUGUUCCUCCCUCCAAUCCUCAUCAAGAAGCUGGGCUGCAAGUGGACCAUCGCAGGAUCUAUGUGCUGCUACAUCACAUUCUCCUUAGGCAACUUCUACGCUAGCUGGAACACACUGAUCCCUACCUCUGUGAUCCUGGGCUUAGGAGGAGCACCACUCUGGUCUGCCAAAUGCACUUACCUCACCAUUGCUGGCCAUUCAUAUGCUGAGAAAGCAGGAAAAAUUGGAAAAGACAUUAUCAACCAAUAUUUUGGGAUCUUCUUUCUGAUAUUUCAGUCCUCUGGAGUCUGGGGAAAUCUUAUCUCAUCGCUGAUAUUUGGCCAAUCUUCCAACAAAGUGGAAAUCUCAGAGGAAGACCUGGCAUGCUGUGGAGCAUAUGACUGCAUGAUGAGUGAUGCCACUAACACCACUGGGUCAGCAGGACCCUCAGCAUCUUUAAUCUACGCUCUGCUAGGGACCUACGCUGCUAGUGGUGUGCUAGCUGUGUUGCUGAUUGUUAUAUUUCUGGACCAGAUCAAAUCUGACCAAGCAGAGACUGGGAGAGAAAUAACAAAGGCACCAUCCUUUUGGUCUACCUUCCUAGCAACUUUCCAGCAACUUAAAGAUAAAAGACAAUGUCUUCUAAUCCCUCUGACAAUGUACAGUGGGUUUGAACAGGGAUUUCUUGCUGGUGACUACACAAAGACCUAUGUAACCUGUGCCCUGGGGAUACAUUACGUUGGCUUCGUAAUGAUCUGUUUUGCAGCUACAAAUUCCCUCUGCUCUCUGCUCUUUGGAAAGAUCUCCCAGUUCACGGGAAUAAAACUGCUAUUUGCAACAGCUACCGUUACAAACAUUGCCAGUAUAAUAGCACUACUGCUGUGGAAACCUCAUCCUAACCAGCUUGUUGUGUUUUUUGUGUUCCCUGCUCUUUGGGGCAUAUCUGAUGCUAUUUGGCAGACACAAACUAAUGGACUCUACGGUGUUUUAUUUGAGAAACACAAGGAGGCUGCCUUUUCAAAUUACCGCCUCUGGGAAUCAGCUGGAUUUGUCAUUGCCUUUGGUUAUAGCACCUUCCUGCAAGUCUACAUCAAACUAUAUAUCCUAUUGGCUGUGCUUGUGGUGUCUAUGGUGAUGUAUGGAGUAGUGGAAUACAUAGAAGCCAAGAGCUCUCCUGGGACACCUACUGCUGCAGAAAAGGAAAAAGUAGGAUCUCUCGCCCAGGAAACACGCAUGGAAUCCAAUAGAGUCAGAGUAAUGGAUGGCCAGAGUGAUGGCCAGCUCCUACAGACAGUGUCUCCAAUGGUGUUCUGAAGUGUACUGUCUGUUUCCAGAAAGAGGAUAAAGGAACAGAUUUCAAGCUCUGAGUAAUAUAAAUGUCUUAGGAGUAAAAUGUCUUAGGAUCCUUUUGACAUCUCAUCCUUAUAAGGGAAGAGUAUCUGACUUCAUCCUUUCAUACAGAUGACCAACUAAAUCUCUUUUUAAACUAAU